UAAAAGCCGAGAACGUGACGUGCGUUAUUCAUUCGAUCCUUUUAUCCGCGAACUGAACUAGCGCGCGGCGAUCAUCGGAUCUCUACUUUUUGUUGUAAGACAUACUGACCCAGUAGUCUUCUGUGCCAAUGGCUGCUUUAGAUGAUAUCCUGGUUAAGGAGCUGGACAAGCGGGCCUCAGGUCAAGCGUUUGAGGUCAUCCUUUCCAAUCCCGCCCCGGAUGCCAAGAUCGAGUUCCCUCUUGCUUCUCCUAAGAAGAAGGAUCUUUCCCUGGAGGAGAUCAAGAGGAAACUAGAGGCUGCAGAGGAGAGACGCAAGUCUCAUGAAGCGGAGGUUCUGAAGCACUUGGCUGAAAAGCGUGAGCACGAGAAGGAGGUGCUUCAGAAAGCUCUGGAAGAAAACAACAAUUUCAGUAAGAUGGCAGAGGAGAAGCUGAACCAGAAAAUGGAGGCAAACAAGGAGAACCGCUCCGCAAGAAUGGCAGCAAUGAAUGAGAAGUUCAAAGAGAAGGACAAGAAGCUGGAAGAGGUUAGAAAAAAUCGGGAAACCAAAGAGGUCAACUGUGACACUGACAACUGAUAGUGACGAUGACCAGGGGUUCACGUGGGUUUUUUUAUAUAUGCAAAGAUGUGUUUUUUUUUUUCCAUUGUUGGCCAGUUAUAUCGUCCCUCACCCCUUUAUUGGAUUGCUCAUGACUUUGCAAAAUGAUCAUCUAUUGUCCUGUGCAGCUGUAACUGUUAUUAAAGUGUUCAUUAUCUGUUAGGGAAUCAUAUGUGUGAUGCAAGUUUUGUUUGUUGAGCUCUUGCUUUUCUGCUGUAAGCUCUUGACUGUAGUUGAAUCAGUCAAAAUACUGCCUUUACAUGAAAGUAAUGCACUUGUCAAUAAAAACAAAUCUGUUAAAACGCUUAAA